AUGGCCAACCUGGAGCUCCGGAUGCAGGAGCUGGAGAAUCGGCAGAUUUUGGAGGAGGCCGGCGUCCGAGUGAGUGACGACCCGGAGAGGCUCAGUGAGCUACAGAAGAGCAGCGUUUCUGUGACCAGGGGCCUAAAGGUCUUAGGCACCAGCGCCCACACCCUCGCCGACACCGUGCACGAGGCCAUCCUGCUUGUGGGCACGGGCGGCAUUGGGCCAGGCUCACAGGCGCUCAUCGUGCUUGGAUUCCUCGUGAACAUCGUCGUUCAAACGCUCUUCUGUGUGAUCAUCGGCAACUCCUUCUUGGAUGACCCGUAUCCAUCCGUGGAGGACUCGAAAAGGUGGCGCGAGACCAUCGCGCACGACUGGAACUUCAUGGACCAGUUGGGCGCCACAUCCCUGGCGAGCCGAAUGUGUGCCGGGGACGCCACUCUGUCCUAUGCCACAGCGCAGGAGAGCAUCAUCUCGGAAAUCAGGCUGUACAGUGCGGGGCUUCCAAUCAUGAACGUCGGAAGCAUGGGUGCGAUUCUGUGCCUUCUUUGCCUCACCGUGUGGUGGCUCCAAAUUCUCCGCGAGCUCUGGAGUGCCGUGAGCUUUGGCGAGGGGUGCAUUUCUCUUCCAACUCGCUCCACCCGUUUGACCCCGACCGACUCAGGCUCCUUCCGCUUGGUCUCGAUCAGCGUGACCCGCAAAGUCUUCGUGGUUGCCUUGGUGGUCGUCAGGUUCGCUGUGGCCGUCACGCUGGGGGCCGUGGGAACUCUCUUCCUUCUGAACACCGGAUCCAUCCAAGAGGUUGUGUUGAAUGCAGUGGCCUUGGGUUUCAUCCUGGAAACUGAUGAGCUCUUCUACGACACCUUGGUGCCGAAAGGCGUGAAGGCUGUGAAGGACGUAAUCGAGCCGCUACCCCUCUUGGAGAACACCUACUGGGGCUCUUACACGCGAGCCGGAAUCACCGUCGGCAUCUGCACGGCGCUGCUGGUCCUCGCAGGGACGAACUUGAACGACACCCUCUCUCACAUGCGCGCGAUUGAGGAGGAGAUGUGUGGCGGCAGGAAGAAUUUUGUGGUUGGCUUGGGUACUGCGACGGAUACAAGCUACGCGGUGGAGAUCCGAGAGCUGGAUGAAGGGGGUGAGGAUGCGGGCGUGGACUUCGGGGGUGCGGCACAGGCACGGCUCCGCUCCGACGGGGUGCGCGAUUUGGUUUGGUUCGGAAGCCUCAGCUCGUUGAUGAGCCCCGGCUAG